AUGCCCAGUGUUACGGUGAAAGAUGUCAACCAGCAAGACUUUGUCAGGGCGUUGUCAGCUUUCCUCAAAAAGUCUGGCAAACUGAAAGUCCCAGAAUGGGUUGACACCGUGAAGCUUGCCAGGCACAAGGAGCUGGCUCCCUGCGAUGACAACUGGUUUUACACCAGAGCAGCAUCCACGGCCCGUCAUCUGUACCUGCGAGGAGGGGUGGGCGUGGGCUCUAUGAUCAAGAUCUAUGGAGGCCGUCAGAGGAAUGGUGUAUGCCCGGCCCACUUCAGUGUCGGGUCUAGGAAUGUGGCAAGAAAGGUCCUCCAAGCUCUGGAGGGCCUCAAGAUGGUGGAGAAGGACCCCAAUGGUGGACGUAGACUUACCCCUCAGGGUCAGAGAGACCUGGAUAGGAUCGCUGGUCAGGUCGCCUCAGCAAACAAGAAACAGCGAAGUUUACAAAGCGCCAUCUGA